AUGGUUUAUGGUACGGUAGAUGUUUGGCUUUACAUGUCCCGGAGGAUGCCAGUCGAGGCAGUUCUUUAUAUUCUGAUUUCCCUGGCUGUCCUGCUUGUUUCGGCCAUAUUGCUCAUAGCAGCCCUUGUCUAUUGUGGCUACCUGUGUCAAGACGGAGCAGCUCUCCCUCAAGUGCUGGUGUCAUUGCAGGUUUCACAAAAUGAGAACGACCAGCAAAGAUGCCUGAUAGGUGAGGACGCCUGUAUUUCCAAGAUCUCCUAUUUCUGCAAGCCGAGAGCCAGCUGGGCCACGGAGAGCAGUGACGAGGAGGAGGCCAUCAGUGACCAGGAGGAAUGCUAUGAAAACCGUGCUUUUAGGGCCUCGGAAAUGGAGCCUGUGGACACUGAAGAUGGGGACGACAGUACUGGCACCUUCUCUGUGGAGGUUGAGAACAUCUAUGAGCUACAAAGGCCUGAAGAACAGCUGAGCCUAAAUGUUGACUACAAGUCAGAAGGCUGUUUAGCACAACAGGAACUGCAACCGGAGCCGCCCAGCUGUGAGGAUAUAACGGCAUUCAAUGAGGUUCCUUUGUUUUCAGUAAUCCUGGGAGAUGUUGAUAAGAACUUAAUAGAUUCUGGUCAAAAAGCAUGUAAUGGGGACAGUGAAACGAGCAAUCACAGUGUUCUCCCGUCAGAGCAAGCGUCACUUCUUGGAGAGACCGUGACUGAUGCAGACUACAGAACAGAGGGGUCUGUCACUGGUGCUGGAGGUGCUGGUGACCCGUGGUACUCUUCAGAAGACGAGCCAGACGACGGUCAGCCCAGUGAUUACAUGGCACGUUUGGUUGCUCCGUCCUGAUCAACACUACGUGUUUCUGUAUCGCUUAAGUUCAGGAUAAGGAGUUCCAAGAUGAACGGCAGACACGAUAUUAACUGCAUUGUUGAUUAUCUUGGACCAAAAUGAAUGAAUUCACCCGCUGUCUUAACGUUCACCUCUGGUCUUUAACCGUCAUCCCUACAAUUCAUUAUCUCUUAUUACCUUCGGCAUGUAAGCUACAAGUGACUCGGUGAGAGUGUCAGAGCAAGUGUAUGGAAACUAAGCUCCAUGGCCUUGUGGGUGACGUCCCAUCACACAUGUUUAUGUGCAGUGGGUAGCUGAAGCAAUUGCUGAUUAGGGUAAAGAGGAGACUGAGUCUGUGGCAUUGGUGCCAGGCCUGGUUAAUCGGGAGUGAGACUGUGGACAACAGCAGGUACCGUAUGAGAUCUGCCACUGUAAUGAACUGAACAUGGAGGUGUUACGGUUUGAUACGACACUUCUGCUCCUUUAUCUGUGUCUACGUGUGACUCACUCAAGACCGUGAAUUCGAUGAACUUGCGUUAAGAAGUCGGUUAACUCCAACAGUAACAGGGAUUACUAAGGAGGUGCUGAGCUGUUUGGAAAUUGUAGUGCAAGAGAAGAGCUGCUUAGAUUAGAAAGGCCAGGACCAGGUAACCUUCAUCAGGGAGGAGGGUUAGUGAGAACAGACCGAAAUCAUUGAGGUGUACCUUUCAAAAAUGACCGCAUAAGGGGGAAACUCGGAAAUGGUAUUCUCUUAUUCAAAUGAAAUUUUAAUGACCAGUAAUGAAAAAAUUUAGGAAAAGAUUGAGCAUCAUGCGUCAAAGUAGAGUGUGUUUGUGAGCAGUCAACAUGGCUGGAAUUCAAGGAGUGGGCAACAGAAACCAACAGUCAGAAAAGUGCGUACGGGAUUAUUGAUGUGGAUUUUCAGAAAGCUUUUGAUGAGAGAGGUUCACGUUCACAAAAUGAAAAGAGAAACUUCUCAGGGUUAGGUGGUGUUAGACGUGGUGUCCACUGGGGGGCAGUGCAGGGGCAGGCUGCUAUCUUUAAUAUGCAUAAAUGGAUAGGAAUAUAAAUAACGAGCUGAUUUAACAGUCGCCCUAAAGUAGAUGGGAUGGCAGGUCAUGAAGAAUCAGAUGAGCCAUUACACUGGGACUUGGACAGCAUGUGAGCUUAGGCAAAUUUAAUGCAAGUCAACGUGAAGCCUGUCUGGAUUUAGCAUUUUGUAAUAAUCAGGAUAGAAUUGAGGGUGUAGAGGUGAUUGGACCACUAGGGUCAUGUGACCAAAAUGUCAUACAAUUGUAAGAGUGCAGAUGCAAAGACUAAAAUUGUUAAGUUGAACUUUGGCUAAUUUUGAGCAGAUGAGACAAACUCUUAAGUAGGAGAGACUGGGAUAAGACAGUCGAGGAGCAGUGGAGCAGGUUUAAAAAUGUAAUGCAGGACAGAGACAGACCUACAUGUGGAAUU